GCUAAACAAGUUAUUUGACUUUUAUUUUAAUAUUCAUAUUUUGUAACGUUGUUAAUAAUAUUAUAGACCUAGACCUAGAUCUACAUUCUAGUCGUCUAUAAUUAAAUAAUAAAAGUAUAAUCAGCAUCAAAAGGACGCCACGUAAAACAUACUUCAAGUAUCAGCAGCAAGAAUUUACUUUCCUGACAUCAGGUUCAUUGUAAUAGAACCUACUGAUAAAAUUUGAAGUCUAGAGCUGUUGUUACAACAAAUUACUUGAUUUUAAAAAUGGAUGGAAAUAGCUUUCAUUCUGAUGGUAUGAAAGGAAGUUGCACCUCAUCAGAAAAAGAAAUUAGUCUUGUAACAUCAUUUAUCAAGACUUAUAUUAGAAAUAAGUACAGUCAAAGUUUGUCAAAAAGAAAUAUAGCUUCAACACAGAGAUAUAAAUAUGGAAUAAUCAAAAGGCUGUUUCUAAGACUUCAUGCAAUUUAUCCAAAGCAAUGUUUAUCAUAUGUAAAGUUCAGGGAAAUGUAUUUUAACAUUCUGGUUGAUGAAUCUUCUAAACUUAAAAUAGUAUCAGAAUUGACUCUUCUCAGAAAUGCUUACAUGUGCAGAAAGUUUAGCGAGAACUCAUACAAUUAUGCUAAAAGCAUACACUAUAACAACACACCAUUAUCUAAUCAAAUUUCAAUGGAUUAUAAAUCUAUUGCAGAGGAUAGUAAACGAACUAUAGGAAAAAAUGAAUGUGAAAACGAGGUAGUUAUGAAGUUGAAUAUUGAAGAUGAUUCCAUCCUUAUUAUCCAGAACAACAGUGACAGUGAGAGUGAUACGGAACUAAACGGUAAUAUAAAGAAAUCGAAAUGUUGUGUAGACAAUUCUGUUAUGGAUGUGGAUAGUACUAUGAGUGAAGCAUCUAUAUCUGUUAAAAGUAAAGUAACAACACAUAUUAAACAAACAUUUUUAAACCCUCCAAUUCUACCCCCAUGCCACUGUGCCAGAAACUGUUAUAUGAUGUUUACAAAAGAACACAGGACUAAAGUUUACACAAAUUUCUGGAGUAUACCAUCGUAUCAAGCACAGAAAAAAUGGAUGCUGGAACACAUAAGUCCAGUGAAGUCAUCUAAACCACAUAAUCACCACUAUAAAAGUAAUACCAAAGUGCAGUAUUUUUUAGAAGAUGAACUCAGUUACCCCGUGCCUGUUUGUGCUGUUUAUUUUCUUAAGACCUUAGGGCUUGGCAAAUUCACAAAGCAAGGCCUUAGUGGAGAAGCUGGCACAUCGCAGGCAAUACAUAACUGUCAUUCUUUUAUAAGGGAUCAUGAAGAUCUAAAUUGUAGUGAUAAAGACAGCAUUGCAAAACCACAUACAAAUUUUAAGGCUACAAAACGCCAAGUUUCGAAAGGUAGAUUUUCUGUUAAGAAUCUUUAUUCCCAUUUUAUGACCACCUACCCUUCUUGUCCAGUGAGCUUUAAUAAAUACAGUAUUUUAUACAGACAGACCAAGUCAGCUGAGAAGAGUUAUGACACUUGUAAAAAUAAUGAAAAUAAUUUUUGUGUUUCGUCUUUCAAUGAAAGAAUAAGAAAUUCUAUUCAGAAAAUGGAGGUUGAAUCAGCAGAAGAGACAUCGCCUAAAAUAAGGCGUUCAUCCAGACAGACAAGGAUGCAGGGCAGCAUGGCCGAAGAUGAUUUACUGCAACAAGAUUGUGAAUCACUUUCAUUUUCAGCCUUAGCGACCACUCCACAAUGCAAAGUUAACAAGUCUUAUAAUCUAUAUACUAAUAGUCUUGUACAAAGCAAAAGUGGCUUAGCAUCAUCGUCACCAACAGAGGAAGCCUGUCGUAGCCAAACUAUAAAAGGUAGAAAUAAAAGAAAAAGUAAACUUUCAUCUGGUGCUGUUCUUAUAGAUAAAUCAAGCAAUGCUCAGAGAUCUGCUAAAAAUACUAGUAACAAAUUAAUACCCAAACAUCGUGACCUUGCUCCACUAAUGAAAAAACACAGACAUCCCAUUCUCCCAUCUUGUAACUGCUCACGUCGCAAAUGUAUUGAAAAAAUUUCGGAAGAAAGAAGACAUGCUAUACACCAUAUGUUUUGGGCUCUUCACAGUUACAAAGAGCGCAAGCGGUGGCUGAUGAAAUAUGUAGAAAAAACACCUUCAAAAAGUAAGUUAUCAUUAGCCCCUCUCCCACACAAAAAACACAUUUCCAAGAAAUAUUAUUUCCCUGAUGGCUUCGGCAGAACUGUUGAAGUGUGUAGGCUGUUUUUUAUUCACACUUUGGGGUUUAGAUGGGACAGUGUGGUGGACACUAUAGCCAGAGCUAAACAACCUGUUUCGAUCGAUAGAAAAAAACAUUUUUUGUUAAAAAAGUCAGCCCGUCAGCUGCCGGAGCAUAUUAUCACAUCUGUAAAAGAUUAUUUAGAAUCUGUCAGGCUGUCACUAGGCGCACAUAAUGUUUCAGUUAAGAAUGAGAUAACAGAAUCACAUAUAGAUGACCUACCAGGUCUCAAGUCAAAAGAACUCUUCGCUGAUUAUAAGAAAAAACACAAGCACUUAAAAUUUAAUUUGGGCUAUCACAGCUUUCGUAGAAUUUUUCAAACUUUUGUGGACCCUGAAAGCAUACCCAACGCUGAGCUAGAAUCUGAGAGUAAAACUUCUAAUGCUGGAGAUCCAUCAUCAAAAACUACAGCUGAUAAAACAACAGAAAAUAACAGUGAGAUUAAGAAUCAGUUUAACCAAGUUAUCCCUAAGUCAGAUGGAACUCUCAAGACUAUAUUUAAACGCAUAGGUAACAAAGCAAAAAAGAAAACACAUAAAAAGUGUAAGGCUAGUAGUAAAAUGGACCAUAAAAACUCUACUGGUGAUAUUUUUUGUCUGAAGAAAAAUUGUGAUGAGCUCAAUGUUUCCGACUCAGUUGCUGAUCCUAAAAAUGCUGUAAACAGUCGGUGUAAUCAAGAUGUUGAUGUCAUUCUGGAUGUCGGAAGUGGUAUUUUCAAGCCUUCCACAUCGGCAGAUGACAACCUAAAUGGGGUUGUUUACUGCCCUGAUUUGAAGUACAAGAAACGUUGUUCUCACUCAAACAGGAAUAAUGGUGAGUUUUAUCCUGUGUUGCCGCCAUGUAAAUGUACCAAAAGAAAAUGCUCAGAAAAAUUUUCCGAGUCCCAGAGACUGCAGAUAAAUAGGAGUUUUUGGGAUCUGGAUGGUUACAAUGAGAGGAAGCAAUGGAUUCUUGAGCACAUCAAACGUGCUGAUAUAAAGAGAAGGAAGGUGGCACUUGACAGCACUCAUCGUAAGCUAGAGAGCCGCUGGUACUAUUUACCUGAUGAAAAGGGUGAGCGAAGAGACGUGUGCAAGGCAUUUUUUCUCAGAACUCUGGGAUAUAAGUGGGACAGUGUUAUAGACACCAUUGGCAAAACCACACCCAAGGGUGAGAAAAUUGUAGCCCCAGACAGAAGGGGUAGGAAACCACCACCUCACAAAAUCUCAGACGAGGCUUUAAAUUCUAUGACCUUAUACAUCGAAUCUGUUUGUCAGACUUACCAGUCUCUCUAUCAGCAAAAAAGUCUGAAUCAAAAGAAAGGAAACAAUCUUAACCCUGCUGGUUUGAUUCCAUAUGGGUUGACUAUGAAGCAGUUGUUUGAAGAUUAUAAAACCAAGCAUGCGAAUCACAAGUUUGGGUAUGAGAGUUUUAGAAAAGUAUUUAAACGUGUCCAUUCUGAAGUGUUGUCAAAUCUACCACCAGUGCCUGAGCCAGAUGAAGCACCAGAACCACCCACUCCUGUAGCACCCCUGACACCAGAACAUGAUUACGUAGAACUUUCAAGUGCAGAAGACUUUCCAGAAACUCAGGAAUUUGCCGCACCAGCUGUUUCUACUUCUGUUCCAUACCCUGAUGUAAACUCAAGCCAACCUUUACCACCCCUGCCGCCAACACCAUUUUUGCAUGUCUAUACCAACCCAGUUCCAGAGCCCAGAAGUUGUUUGUAUCCGUAUCCACAGCAACCAAACACACACCUAUCAAAAUGUGUGGAGCUAGAGCACGACCAUUCUAAUAUCACAGAGCAGGAGAUGUUUAUGAAAUAUCCAGUCAACAUCUAUGGAGCCACUCCUUCCUCAACCAUCCCACCAAACAAUUUUACCCAAGUGUCUGAACAAGUCAACUACAACAUCAACUCUCACCUAGAGAUGGUUGAUUUACCAUCUACCACCAACCAGAACCAACUACCCCCAUACCUCAUAGCUAAUCACGAACCCCUCAGACGCCAGGUCUACCAAAUGGCAUCCCAGUAUCAAUCCAUCCUCCAUCAUAUCGCAGAAUCAAGUCGGUUUUUUAAUUAUGGUGGGUACCCUGCCACAGAGGCUUCAACACCAUCAGCCCAGGUCAAAACUCUCAGUGGAAAUAAUCAGGAAUACAGUAGAGAAUGUAUUGAUACCUUCAUGCCUGUAACUCCCCAAAACUUCAGCUCUACAGCUUUGCCGGUUCAAUAUAAUAACCUUCACUGUCAAGAAAUGAAGAACUAUCAAAGUAAUUCAGUUAGUAUUUUAAAUUCUUAUUCUAAUAAUGUUUUCCACCAAGAAAAUGAGCAUGCUGGAAAUUUCGACAUAACCAAAGAUCAAACACAAAAUGAUUCUAAUAUGGCUGACAGAAGUAACAGCCAGAACCAAGGCAUUGGAAAGAAAAAUGAAACUCCCAAAGUAAAGAAAGAAAAACAAGCCAGGGGUAAGUCUGCUAGAAACUAUGGUGACCAUUACCCCUUGCUGCCCCCUUGCAACUGCAAGAAGAAAAAAUGCACUGACAAAUUUUCUGAUAUAAUGCGACAAAAGAUUCACGACCUGUUCUGGGGUUUAAAAAACUACAAUGAACGGAAACAGUGGAUGCUGCUUCAUAUUAAAAGAGAAGACUGUAAGCGGCGCCGGGUGGAUCAGCCAGAAUCCACAAGAAAAUCUGAAUCUCGAUGGUACUAUUUCCCUGACGAUGACGGAAAUCUUUUGGAAGUGUGUAAAGAUUUUUUUCUCCGAACCCUCGGCUACAAAUGGGACAGUGUCAUUGAUACGAUCAGAAAAACAACACCCAAAGGGGAUAAAAGCACGCAGCCUGACAUGAGAGGGAAAAAGACUCCUUCUCACAAGUUAUCGAAUGAAGUUUUGUGUUCCGUUGUUCAGUACAUUAAAUCAAUGCAGCAAACAGCUCAGCUUAAAAGUGGGUAUGUGCAGGAGACAUCCGCAGAUUCCAGCUUUGAAAAAGAUAAGUUAGACAAUCUCAAAAGCCCCAAGCACAGCCGUAAUAAAAGAAGUGCUGGCAACACCUCUGUACCAUAUGGGCUGACAAUGAAGGAUUUGUUUGAUGAUUAUAAAGCCAAACAUGCCAGCCAUAAAAUUGGCUAUGAGAGCUUCCGGAGAAUUUUUAAGGCUGUUUCUAAUUCAGAAAAAAUUCUUGAAGAAAAAAUCCAAGAAGGUUAUUCAAAUGAUGUAGGUAUCUUGUCAUUUUAGUGAUGUUUA